AUGCAAUUACAAAAGCCACUAACAUCCACAAGCAAACUAGUCAAUUCUGAUAAUAUUCUUUAUCUUUUAUGGGACGAAUCCGAAAACACAAAUCGUCUAAUCGGUUUCCUUAAAAUUGGCCAUAAACAACUUUUCCUCUACGAUAAUCAAAUGAAAACUUAUCAAGGAACUUUAAUUGCAUUACUUGAUUUUUAUAUUCAUUUCUCUUGUCAGAGGAAAGGAUUUGGCAAGAAAUUAUUUGACUUUAUGCUUGAAAAGGAAAAUGUCGAACCACAUGAAAUCGCUUUCGAUAAUCCAUCCGUUACACUUUUAUGUUUUUUGGCUAAAAAAUAUGGUCUAACGAAUCCGAUUUGGCAAAAUACGAAUUUUGUAGUUUUUCCGGAUCUUUUCAAAUCAAACGAAAUGGAUGAGAAAUGUAUAAGAAAUAUGGAAGAUUCUAUGGCGUCGGACUCAAGUGCUGCAAGUCGUUCAAAUGAAGCUCGACUAAGAAAAGCUCAUAUUUUAAGCAGCAAACCAUUAUGGUAG